AUGGACCCGAGCAAUCCAUUACGCGGUCCACGACGGGCAGCGCGGCGCGGCGAAGAGGCUCUGCGAUACGACCGUCCUGGCGGGUUUCGAGCUGCCUCAGCUUCAGCUUCAGCGUCUGCCGCGGCGACGGCAACACCUCCCUCUCUCCCCUUCCCACCCGGCCCUCCACCAAACUUGAGGUAUGCUCGCGGCGCACACAGUGUUUCACCUGCCGUCGACCCCUACGGCAACCAGUUCGCUGCCUCGGACGAUACAGAAGAGGACGACGCGGACAUGGACGACGACGCAAUUGCGGACAAUUUGAUGGCUCAGAUGGCACAGAUGGCACGGCUGCGGGGCGGGCGGCCUCCACCGGGCGCGCGAGCAGGAGCAGGGAGACAUGCUCUGGACGGGGACGACUCGUACGAGUAUGAAGACGACGAGGACCACGAGGGACAGGACGCUGCGGCCGACGACGACGAGGGCAUGGACGAAGACGACGACGACAGCCCCGACGACGAAUUUGAGUUUGCUGCGCAACGGGUUGUCGACUCAGACUCGGACUCGGACGACGACGACGAGGCGGUUGGCGACGACGACGACGAUGACGAAGAGGAGGAGGAGGAAGAGGACGACGAUCUGCACGGCCCGGUCGGCGAAGAGGGCGUCGACGUGGUCGACGAGGAUGACGCGGACGGCGCCGCCGUGUCGUUUGACCCCGUGGUGCUCGGCCUCAAGGAAAUCAACAACCUGGCCCACUUUAGCGUCAGCAGCCACAAGCCGGGCAACGGCGUCGACGAGCUGCUGCACGACGACCUCGGCAAGUACUGGCAGUCGGACGGCCCGCAGCCGCAUCUGCUGACCAUCCAUUUCCUGCGGCGCGUGGAGAUCCGCGCCAUCCGCUUCUAUGUCGACUACAACCAGGACGAGUCGUACACACCCACGUCGGUCGUCCUGUCGGCGGGCACCGGCCACCACGACCUCCUCGAGUUUGCGUCGCUGGCGCUCACCACGCCCGUCGGGUGGCAGGACAUUGACCUCAGCCAGGUGGGCGGCGGUGCCGACGGGCGGUCGCUGUGCUGCUGGAUCGUGCAGAUCCGCGUCAAGGAAAACCACCAGAACGGCAAGGACACGCACAUUCGCGGCAUCAAGCUGUAUGCCGUGGACGAGAACGCGCCACCGGCGGACAGCGCACUGGACGAGCUGGCGCUCGUCAAGGCGCGGACGCUGCAGCUGCCGCUGCCGCCGCAGGAGAAGCAGCGUCAACUUGUGCUUGAGCAGCAUCUGGGGCGGGUCGGCGAGGCGCUGUACGAGCAAGACGAUGAUCUGUUUGAGCGGCUGAUCACGCAGCCACUGGACGGGCUGCCCGGAGCACCGGAGCGUUCGGGGAGCAUCGCGACGUUCCUGCGGGACGAGGAGAUUCGGUAA